UUAGUGCGCCGCACCGCAGUCCUUAAAUGCAGAGUGUGUGAGUGAAGCGGGUCGCUGUCUAAUGCCAAAGAAAAUGCGCUCUCUUUUUGUUUUUUUCUUAUUUUUAUUUUUUUUGUAUUAGCUUUAUACGUUUUCGUUUGAUGUUUUGUGACUAUUUAGAGGGCGGGUUUAAAAGAAACUGUUAACUUAUUGAGAUUGUUUUGUUUGUUUUUAUUAAGCAUUACGCUAUUUUAAGGCUACGUUGGUAUCCUUUUAAGGCCUUAUGUACGGGUCAAUAUAAAACUAUUUUAGCAGACUGGACAAAGCAUUUAUCACCCGAUUUAUUUAUUUGGGGUAGCGUUUUAUUACUUGGGAGAGUAUGAUGUCUGUCUGAGGGUAUUCGGCUCUCUCGUCCUCCGUCAUGACCCUGGAUAGUGUGGCGGUCACAGAGAGCUUCUCUGUCCGGGGAUUCUGCUCCUGCUGCGGCGCAAAAAUCAUGCCGUACUUCUCCGACAACGCAGUCGCCUCUCAAAACCAGAUCAACCAGCUGAUCAGCGAGAACUUCCUGACGGUCGAAGGUACCGCCCUCUUCCUCCCGCGGGGAAAUGGCUCCUCCCCUUCAUCAGCACCCCGCAUCACACAGCGGCAGAACAAACACACAGGUGACCUCCAGCAGCAUUUGCAGACCAUGUUGACCCUGCUGCGCCCAGAGGACACCAUCCGCCUGGCCGUCCGGUUAGAGAGUGCUUACGCCCUGCGGACACGGUACAUGGUCAUCGUCUCCACAAACGGUAGACAGGACACUGAAGAAAGUGUGGUUUUGGGAAUAGACUUUACCAAUUCAGACAGCACUUGCACAGUUGGGCUGGUUUUACCCUUGUGGAGCGAUACGCUUAUACACUUGGAUGGAGACGGUGGCUUCAGUGUGUCCACUGUUAACCGAGUCCAUGUAUUCAAACCGGUCUCUGUGCAGGCCAUGUGGUCAGCCUUGCAGUCCUUGCAUAAGGUUUGCGAGGUGGCCCGAUGUCAUUACUACUACCCUGGCAGUCUAUUCCUGACCUGGGUCAGUUACUAUCAGAGCCGUGUGACUUCCGACCAGCACUGCAUCAAUGAGUGGAACGCCAUGCGAGACGUGCAGUCCCACCGUGCAGACUCGCCUGUGCUGUUCACCGAUGUGCCAACCGAGAGAGAGCGCACAGAGAGACUGAUUAAGACCCGUUUGAGAGAGAUCAUGAUGCAGAAGGACCUGGAAAACGUCACUUCAAAAGAGAUUCGGACGGAGCUGGAGAUACAGAUGGCUUGCAACCUGCGAGAGUACAAGGAGUUCAUCGAUAAUGAGAUGAUCGUCAUCCUGGGCCAGAUGGACAGCCCCACAGAGAUCUUUGACCACCUCUACCUGGGUUCAGAGUGGAAUGCCUCAAAUCUUGAGGAGCUCCAAAACAGUGGAGUUCGCUACAUCCUGAAUGUGACGCGGGAGAUUGAUAAUUUCUUCCCCGGGCUUUUCGAGUACCACAACAUCCGAGUGUAUGACGAGGAAGCCACAAACCUCUUGGAGUAUUGGAAUGACACCUACAAGUUCAUUUCCAAAGCCAAGAAAGCUGGGGUGAAGUGUCUGGUGCACUGCAAGAUGGGAGUGAGUCGUUCUGCCUCCACUGUGAUUGCAUAUGCUAUGAAGGAGUACGGCUGGGACCUGGAGAGAGCUCUUGACCAUGUGAAGGAACGGCGCUCUGUCACCAAACCAAACCCAUCCUUCAUGAAGCAGCUUGAAGAGUACCAGGGUAUCCUGCUAGCCAGCAAACAGAGGCAUAACAAGCUGUGGCGUUCCCACUCAGACAGCGAUCUUUCAGAGGGUCACAAGCCGCUAUGCAAGGCUCCACGCUCGCUGGACAGCUCAGAACCUCACAACAACUACGGUCCUCCUACCAUUCAGCAGAUACUGGACAUUGCUGUGCUUGAGUCCUUUACCAAUCCACAGCCUGAUAAGAGCAACAGUCACACCAAAUUGGGUGAUUUGCCCUCUAAGCUGGAACAUCAAGACCCUGUCCUCCCACCUCGUCCCAGACAACGAGUGGCCACAGUGGUGCCUGAGCAGAAUAUAGUGAAGAACUCUCGCUUGAACAUCGCGGUGAGCGAGCCUGUUGCUCGUCGCCAUCCUCCUCCAACUCUACACAUCCUCGCUCCUUCUCUUUCACCAGAGAAGGGAGAGGGUGAUCCAACUUCAGACCUCAACGCCCAGUCAUCUCACCAUGUGCCUGAGCCAAAAACAGACUGUGUUGAAUUGUCCCUGAACACACCUGAUCAAAAUGACUCUUAUCAAGUGUCACAAAGUUUAGAACUUUGUCUGGAAGGUGCUCUCAGUAAAGAUGAAGGGAAUCUGCCGCCUUCAAGCACGCCCGAGGCUGACAGCCCCUCAGGAGCCCCUGCGGUACCCAGGCUGGACUCCAGUGAUGAUAACAACAACCCCAGGACUGCAGAUCUGAGAACAACAGAUGACUUUGUGGAUGCUGGCACAUCCUGCCUUAGCACAGAUAGCACUGACUUCUUUAGCACCAGAGAGAAAUUCCUCUGCCUGUCUCAGGAUAGUCCGCCUCGCUCUGAAACAGCCGCUGUCUUGCCACCUCAAUCCAGAUGCACCCCACCCUUGGAUGAUUCCAGUGAGGCAGCUGAUGAGUGUCACACCCACUCAGAGACCAAUAGAGAUGUAGUGCUCCACCUCCCUCACAAUGACAACAGUGUGUGUGUGCGUCAUAUAGUUACUGAACUGGAAUCCAUAUCACACACCUGCCGUCCUCCACUGGCACGCACGUCCCCUCAAUCUGCUACACUGGACGGGGUGGAUGAGGAAUUGGCUUCAGUUACUAAUUCUCCCACCGACAGACCCUCAGGAUCUGUGCGCCGGGCCACCGAGCAGUUGGAGCUUAUACUACGUCAGGGUCAAGAGGUUCCUUGCUCUGCGUCUCCUCCUCCUUCCCCGUGUUUGGACUGUUCAGAACCACAAUCUUACUCCAGUAAGCCAGAGAGCCCUGCAGCUCUGACCUGUACUGAUCCCCAAAAAACUACAGAUGGAACAGUAGAUGACACCAAAGUGCUUGAUGAUGAGGAUUCUGGUAUAAUCCCUGAUUCUUCCUUCUCGGUCUGUCUUGAAGAGAGUGUUUCAGUGGAGGCCGACCAGAUCACUUUGAACCCCACUCCUGAGCCCAGCUCUGGUUCUUCUUCUCUGUUGUGGCUAGAAGGUGUGACCGAACUGGAGACGGAUGUAGACGACCCAUUGAGGCCCCAUGUCCGACUGACAUGUAGCAAUGAGGACUUGCAGAAAAUCCAGGAGACUCUCAGGGAGAUCCAGGCAUUUUUAUACGAGGCUGGAGGAUUGGGGUUGUGCAGUGGACAAGUGGAGGAGAACCAGUUACAUGAAGACAAGGAGGACUCAAUAGAUGGGGAGCAGCACACAGAACCAAAAGCACCUGCGAUGUGGCAGAGAGCCAUGGAAAUUGAGACCCGAAUUAGACUGGCUGGUCUCACCCCUCCUUCGCUCAUGAAACGCUCUGCCUCACUAGCUAAACUAGACCAGCUAGAGCUGUGUACUAAUGACUUGAGCAACUGGGACUUCCACCCGGCUACCAAUGGGUUUCAUCAACCCUCCUUGCCACUGACCCACAGCAAUGAUGAUGCCCAUAAAAAGCAGCGCGUUCUACCUCAGAACCCUUCUGCCCCUGAUUCCACCGUUCAUUUGAUGGAGGUGGGCAGGACUGAAGGCUCAGCCCACCUCUCAACCUCAUGCCCACAGCCAAGUCAAGUGGGUGGAGCCAGUCCCCCUGAACAUACCCCAAUCGAGCCCACCGUUUCGGUGUCCACGCGACAGCAACAACAUGUGAAGACUCACCCCGCUCGUCGUUUCCGCAAAGCGUUGGACAAGAAAAAGACAAUCACUGUUUUGUAUAACACCAUGUGACAAUGAACUUUUCACACGCUGAUUUUUGUCGGCAUGAAGGACUAUCUCCGACUACAACCAAUUCAAGUUUCAUUCAGUGAAGUCUAAGCUAAAUCUGUAUGCUACUGUAGGUGUGAAUGAGUGAAUAUAUGUCAGAUUUGUGUUCAAAAUCUUUCAGGUAGCAACUCGGACAAGGGGGCUGUUUCAUAAAACAUGCACUUUACUCUCUUGUUUCUCUUUUUUAUAGUUAUUGUUUUGUUUUUUAGAUAGCAUUUGUAUUUUAAUAUUUUUGCACUGGUUUGAAUGGUAGAGUUGACUGUAUGUCUGACAGCAUGUGGAGUCAUGAUUCUGUUUGAAACCAAGCUAAACUUGUUGGUAAACUUUUUUUUUUUAAUCUUGUGCUUUAGCUGUGACUAUUAUAAAAUAAAACGGCACUAUUUUAA